AUGGCAGUAAAGAGUAAAAAUCAAACCCCACCGAAGAAACUAUCCGUGUCGAAGAAAGCCGCACUGAUGAAAAAGGAUCUGAAUCCUGAAGAUGACGAUAUGCUGGACAGCGAGGAGGAAGAUGACGAUAUGAUGGAGCUAGAAGAUGAUGAAUCCAUAGCACCGGAUGAUAAUUCCGAUGAUGACGAGGAGAUGGAAGUUGAGGCACCAACAUCGGCCAAAAAGACAAAACUGGCAAAGGGCAAAUUACCACCCUCUAAGGAACCGAAAGGAAAAGGAGCUGAUAAGAAGCAGGAGAAGGCGAAGAAAUCCGCCAAUGCAGAAGGACCAUCGACACCGACCGGAAAACAAACGAACGGCACGAAAAAGCCUGCCGCUCUCGCGCUAACACAAAAGGAUUCGCGCUCGGAACGGGUACAGCGGACCGUUUGCGUCAAGCAUCUAAGACCGAACAGUACCGAUGAGGAAAUUGUAAAAUUCUUUGCUAGCGCGGGCAAAUGUACCGUAGCUAAACGUGUGCGAAGCAAGGCUAUGGCGAUGGUAUUGCUAGAAAGUACCGAACAGAUCGAGAAGGCCAUCUGUCUGAACGGAAAAUCACUUAACGGGCAUGCGGUUAUCGUUGAACGCUCCAAGUUCCUCGAUAGGGAAGAUGUGCUUAACGAGAAGAAAAAGCUUCGAACGAAAAAGAGGAAGUUGGAACGUCGCAAAAUGGCAAGACAGCAGGCAGCAGGAGUUGAUAAAAAGGAACCUAUUACCGAGGCAAACGGUAAAGAGCAGAAGAAAGGCAAGAAAGGCAAGCAGAAGGUGGCAGGGGUUGACAAAGCGGAACGUACUACCGCGGCAAACGAUAAAGGGCCCAAAAAAAACAAGCAGAAAGCAGCAGGGGUUGCUAAAAAGGAAUCUACUACCGUAUUCAACGGUAAAGCGGCGAAGAAAAGCAACACAAACAAGAAGGAGGGCGGUAGUAAGUCCAAGAAGUUAGGGAAAGGUAAAGAUGUUGCAAGCCCUACUGCGGCCAUCGUAUCUAGUAAACCAGUAACAUCUGCGUCGGAAUCAAAAGCUACCAAGAAGAAGGAAUCAAAAGGGAAAAAAGUGACAAAAUAA